CCCCAUAUUUGUAAUUUUGCCUUCCCACAUAAAAGAAUUGUUGUUCUUCUUUUCUCAAUUUCGUGAGCAACCAGUUUACCAAUUUAAUAAAGAAAUUGAUUGGAGUCCUACAACUAAUGGAAAAGGCGGCACAAAGCAGUAAUCAAGUCGCUGAAAGUGAGAGUUCAAACGACAACAAGAAGCGGGAGGGGGAUUUGGAGAAAUCAAAUUUAGGGAUAGCAAAGAAGCAGAGAACAGAAACAACAAGUACAGUAGAAAAUAAAGUGAUUGAAGAAGAGAAACAGAAGAAGACAUCAGAGAUCGAGGCAGAUGGCGCGGAAGAUAAAGGUUCAAGGCACACUAUGGAGGAUGCUUGGAUUGUUCUCUCUGACGCCUCCUUGGAGUCUCCAGGCACAUUGAGAUGUGCUCAUUUUGCAAUUUAUGAUGGUCAUGGAGGGAGAUUAGCAGCUGAGUAUGCUCAGAAGCAUUUGCAUAAAAAUGUUGUUUCAGCUGGCUUACCACGUGAGUUGUUGGAUGUAAAAGCUGCCAAAAAGGCCAUACUUGAUGGUUUUCGAAAAACCGACGAGUCUCUCCUUCGUGAAAGUACUGCAGGGGGAUGGCAGGAUGGUGCUACAGCUGUAUGUGUCUGGAUAUUGGAAGACACAGUUUUUAUUGCUAACAUAGGGGAUGCUAAAGCGGUUUUAGCUCGAUCAUCUGAAGUUGGUGGAAGUGGAUCACAAAAUCAUUCAAAUGAAACAAGUCCACUAAAGGCCCUUGUUUUGACAAGAGAACAUAAAGCUAUUUAUCCAGUGGAACGUGCACGCAUACAGAAGGCUGGUGGUAGCAUAAGUGCAAAUGGACGAUUACAAGGUCGCCUUGAAGUUUCUAGGGCCCUUGGAGAUCGCCAGUUCAAGAAGGUGGAAAGGGUGGGUGUUAUUGCAACUCCAGAUAUUCAUUCUUUUGACCUGACAGACAGAGAGCACUUCAUCAUUCUGGGUUGUGAUGGUCUGUGGGGGGUAUUUGGGCCAAGUGAUGCUGUUGAAUUUGUUCAAAGAUUAUUGAAGGAGGGUUUAACCGUUAAGUCUGUGAGCCGCCGUCUAGUAAGGGAAGCUGUAAUUGAGCGCCGCUGCAAAGACAACUGCACUGCUAUAGUCAUUGUCUUUAGGCACUAGAGACUGCUGAGCUACUAGCUUUGACAUUUUGUUAUCCAAGAAAAUCUUUCUGCUGGCAAUCACUUGCAAAGAGGUUUUCCCCACAUCAUCCUGGACUUAUCUGUUUUGUCAAAUGUUUUUUAUAUUCUCCAUAUGCAUGAUUUUUUGAUCGAGUGAGUUGAUAUAUCGUCAUGUCUAGCUGUGAACAGCGGCACAGUUGCUCGUGUAAGGCUGAUGCCGAUCUGUAUAAGAAGACACUGAACUUCUUGGGUUUCGAUAUGUCUGUGGCUGCAUGAUCUGUAAUAAUUCUUAAGGCUUAUUAUGUAUACAUUUAGGUAACAUGGCAACUUGUAUUGUUA